UUUCCCCCUCCACGAGGUUGUUUAGUACCUCGUUCAAGCCUCCCGCAUCUCGCACUACAGCGCUCCGAAAGUGUUCCACGGUUUUCCUCCCGUUUCCGCGCGAUUACGCGUUCCACCAUCCCACCCCUGCUCCAGUCCACGUAACUGAACAUGAGUGAUUCGGAAGAAGAUGACGCUCACUUUUGCCUCAGGUGUAAAGGGACCUUUAUAGGGCUCGAUAAUUACAUAGAACACCGCAAGGUGAAGUGCAAGAGAGAAAGUCAAAGUCUAGUAAGUCUAGACUUGCAGUACGCCAAGAGAGUUGGAGAUACCCUGGAUGGAGGAAAAAGGGACAUUCCGUCAGUGAGUGAAUCUUCCAACCGACGCUCUUGGGAGUUGGGGGAGAUGCAGAGUUCCAGUCAUUCAAUCAAGGAAGAAUCCAGGUUAGAGGAUGACAUUCAACGAGACAUUCUGGAGAUGAACCGGAAGGAUGAAAUGCUCGACACAUUCAUCCCUUCUCACGACAACGACUCCUGUCUCAAAGCCGUCGAUUUCUUUUCCAUCUUGGAACUACAGAGCAGUAAGAACCCUACGUUCCACGACAUUUCGGCUCAGAAAGGAAUGGUCACGAGAAGUAAGGCUUCCGCGGUGAUUCAGGCGAAGAAAAACAGAGAACCUUUCGGAUCCAAGUCCAUCUUGCACGACUACGACUACGACCCCUACCAAGGUGAACACAGCCAGUAUGUCGUGGGAAAAGAUGUGAUCAUCGCGGAAAAUUACGACUACAGGAAGGAGGACGGAAAGGAGAGAAAAACAAGUGGCUUGGAUUCUCCCAAAAUGAAGACAAGAAGUGAUGAAAGGAUGCUCGAAGACGAUGGGAAAUCGGAGUUUCUGUUCCAAGAGGUUCACAACGAAGUGACAAUAUCUUCCGAAGGCAAACAUCAAGACGAGACCGAUACCUCUAGCGAAGAAUCGGAGGAUGAAGAUGAAGAUGAUGAGUACGAAUCUCGGAGGAUCUCCACCGGUGGAAAGUGGAAACCUGGGAGUGGAGAUUGGUCGAAUAGCUCCUACUGGACUUCUUCACCUCCAGCUACUCACACUGGAGGCAAGUGGAAACCUACGCCUCCACCACCAUUAGCAACAGUGACCUCCAGCGUGGGUACACCUUCGACGUCGUCUGCAGGGUCUCAGCACGAUGGGGACAUUCUAGGACCUCAGAGUCUGUCAAACACUGAGGUGUCCAAGGGUCGCCAUCCCCCUCCCGGUCAUACUCGAGGCAAAUGGCUGCCCACCAUCGACUCCCCCGAGAGGGGAAGGGUGAUGUACUGGUGUGGCCCUUGCAACCGCAGACUCUCCUCCCUCGCCCUCUACGAGAAACAUUGCCAGUCCGACCUCCACCACCGGCGUACUCGUCAGGAGAGUCAGCUGGAGGAGGAUUUGUCCAUGGAGAACCAGAGGGCCACUGGUAAACGGGAGGUGAAGAGAACACAGACCUACAUAAACUCUGACUUGUGGAGCAAGUCAAAAAUGAAAAGACUUCGACAGGCCUCCUGUUCCACGGAAAACCGCCUGAUCCGAGGCCGAGGGUCCAUCCAGUGCGCCGUCUGCCAGUGUCGGGUCUGGCCCCAUCUCAUCGGGAAGCACCUGGUCUCCCACUUCCACAGUCGGCGAGCCCGGGCGGCCCCUGAGCUCGCAGGUCUGCUCGCUCUCACGCACAUGCCCAGCAUCGUCCUGCAGUCGCCCUUCCAGUGCGGCCUCUGCAAGUUCUACUGCAACACCGUGCAGGCCUUCACUCAACACUGGGUCAGCCGGGAGCACAUUGUCAAAGAUGGACAGGUAGAAGGCAGAUACUGCUGCUCUUUCUGCAGGGUCGAGUGCGGCAGCAGUUCAGCGAUGUAUCAGCACCUGCUGAGUGACAAGCACAAGGAAAGCGUCGCCAUCAUCAACGGCUCUGUCCCCAUGGUCAUCCAGAAAAAGAUCAUCCUUCAGUGUAACGUUUGCGAGGAGGAGUUCCGCUUCAAUUUUGAGCUGCGGCGGCACUUCAAGACCACGGGGCACUCCCAGGAAGAGAGCACCGCUUCGGACAAGUACCAAGAACGCGAAGGCUGUUCCCAGUGCUCUUUCAUGGCCUUCACCAAAAUCUCCCUGCAGCGCCACUUGGCCCUCGUCCACAAGGACGCUCAGGGAAAGUUCUUCUGUACUUCUUGCGACGCUAACUUCGAGACCGCUGCUGACGCCAAGGCUCAUAGAGGUUCUGCUGAACACAAGCUGACCGUGCUGACGAAGCAAAACAAAGAGAAAGAGCUGACCAAAGAGUGUUGCCAUUGCUACGGCAUAUUCACCGGUGUCAUCGAGUUGAAGAGGCAUCUGAAGGAGGAACAUCCUGAAAUGGCCUACAGAUGUAUACGGUGCGGGUGCCACUUCACGCUUAAAGCAGGAGCUGACCCACCACGUCCGUGCCGGGUGCCCGGGCCUGACCCAGACUUCCACAGCAUCCUCCCCCGCAGUGUCAGUAGACGGCUCCUUCAACUGUUCCAAGUGUGGCUUCAGCUCUCCUUCCGAGGCGGAGCUACUGUUUCACCUCGCCCUCCACAACGACCCCGUGGGCGACCCCCCUCGCUAUCUGUGCCCUUCCUGUCCCCGAGCCUUUUUGAAGACGUCGCUCAAGAAGCACCUGCACUCGCACACCGGCGAGAGACCCUACUCCUGCCUCGUGUGUGGCGCCGGGUUCGGCCGCAAAGAUGUCCUGGAGAACCACGUGCUCUCUGUGCACUGCGUUAAGAGAUCGGGGGACAGCUGGGAGGCCCGGCCGGAGCGGCAGAAAACUGCGGUGUGUGAGGAAUGCGGGGCGAGUUUCUACGACAAGAGCGCGCUGCAGCAACACCGGCAGAUCCACGGCGGCAAGUUGUUCAAGUGCGAGGAGCCUGGCUGUGUGUAUGCUGGCAGAUCAUGGGGGGAUCUCCGCCUACAUCUCCGCAGCCAUGGGGAGGAACGG